AAUCACCAUUUGUUAUUCUGUCAGCGUCAAAAGCGGCAGCAGUAACGCGGACUGGACAGUUGCAUUCAUCACAGAUUGAGUUGAAAAGUUUUCAAUUAAGAUCGAUCAGAAAUCAGUUAACAUUCAAUACCGUGAGAGUGAAGAACCAUGAUAUUCUUGAUACUAGUGGCAUUGGCCACUGUGCUGGCCUUAUACAUACGCCAUCACUAUACAUUCUGGCAACGGAAGGGAUUUCCAGUUGCUGGAACUAGUAUUCCCUUCGGAUGCAUGGAUUCGGUGGUGAAACGUCAAAAAUCCUUCGGAAUGGCUAUUUACGAUGUCUACAAGAACAGCACCGAGCGAUUUCUUGGCAUCUAUUUGACCUUUCGACGGGCACUUUUGAUAAGAGACGCCGAAUUGGCCCGACAAAUUUUGGUGCAGGAUUUUCCUAGCUUCCACGAUCGUGGAAUUUAUGUGGACGAAGAGAACAAUCCGUUUUCGGGACAACUAUUCGCUUUGAAAGGUGAACGUUGGAAGAGCCUUCGAACGAAACUAGCGCCCUCCUUCACUUCUGGCAAACUAAAAGGAAUGUUUGGAACAAUUGACGAUGUUGGCGAUCGAAUGAUUCAGCAUUUGGAUAAAAUAAUUCCAGAAAAGGGCGGGGAAGCAACAAUUGAGAUGAAAGAGUUGCUAGCAACAUACGCGAUUGAUAUUAUUGGAUCUGUGAUAUUUGGGUUGGAAGUUGACAGUUUUAAAAAUCCACAAAACAAAUUUCGAACAGUUAGUCAGCUAUUCAGCAAACCAACAUUUACCAGUGUGGUACGAUCUGCUACCAGUUUUUUGUGUCCAGUAGUUGAAUCACUUUUGAUGCGCCUCGGAAUCACAGAUGAAGUUACCAUUUAUAUGAAACAAAUGGUUCGUGAAACUGUUGAAUUUCGUGAAAAGAACAAUUACAGUCGCAAGGAUAUGAUGCAAAUGUUGAUACAACUUCGUAAUACUGGCAAAGUUAAUAUAGAUGAUAAUAAUUGGGAUGUUCAAUCGUCAGCAGAUGGCUUCAAAUCAAUGUCAAUUGAAAGUAUUGCCGGUCAAGCAUUUUUGUUCUAUAUUGCUGGUUUUGAUACAUCAGCUUCAGCAGCAUCAUUUACCAUAUACGAAUUGGCUCAGAAUCCUGAACUUUUAGCUAAAGCAGAAGCGGACAUCGAGCAGACAUUGGAGAAACACGAUGGCAAACUUACUUAUGAAUGCAUUCAGGAUAUGAAAUUUUUGGAUUUGUGCUUUAUGGAAACCAUUCGAAAAUACCCCGGUUUGCCUAUUCUAAAUCGUGAAUGUACAAAGGACUUCAAAAUACCAGAUUCAGAUAAAAUUAUCGAAAAAGGAACACCUAUUGUGAUUUCACUUUUUGGUAUUCAAAGAGAUCCUGAAUAUUUUCCAGAUCCUUUGAAAUAUGAUCCGGAACGAUUUUUGGAAACCAGUCAAAACUAUAACCCGGUGGCUUAUAUGCCAUUUGGAGAAGGUCCAAGGCAUUGCAUUGCACAAAGACUUGGAAAGAUUAAUGUUAAGGUUGCAGUAGUAAAAAUUCUUACCAAUUACGAUGUUCAAGCGAUUAAGAAAGGAGAAAUUGAAUUUGAUAAUUUUGCAGUGACAAUUGUACCAAAAGGUGGUAUUAAUCUUAAGUUGCGAAAAAAAAUUAAAUUGAUCGCGUACCUCCUUCAAGUAAGCUCGAAACAAUUCAAAUCAGAAAAAAUGUUUCUGUUAAUUCUUCUUGGAGUUAUAAGUGCAUUAGCAUUUUAUAUUCAUCAUGUUUAUACAUUUUGGCAACGCAAAGGAUUCCCAAUUGCUUCCGCAAGUAAAAUUCCCUUUGGAGCACUCGAAUCGGUUGUAAAACGACAAAGAUCCUUUGGCAUGGCCAUAAACGAUAUCUACAAUAGCAGUACAGAAAGAUUCUUGGGAAUUUAUUUAUUCUUUCGUCCAGCCAUAUUGGUGCGUGAUGCCGAAUUGGCGCGACAAAUGUUGGUGCAAGAUUUUGCCAGUUUUCAUGAUCGUGGAGUGUAUUGUGAUGAAAAAAAUGAUCCCUAUUCGGGUAAUUUGUUCAAUUUGCCAGGAGAACGUUGGAAAAUUCUUCGCACUAAAUUGACACCAUCUUUUUCGUCGGGUAAAAUUAAGUCAAUGUUUGGCAUGGUUGAUGAUAUUGGCAAUAAUAUGUUAAAAUACUUGGAUAAUUUAAUGCCGGAAGAGGGUGAAUCUGUGAUUGAAAUGAAGGAAUUUUUUUCAAGAUAUGCAAUUGAUAUCAUUGGAUCCGUGAUUUUUGGCUUAGAAGUUAACAGUUUCAAAGAUCCCAACAAUCCGCUGCAAAAACUUAGCCUUCAAUUCAGCAAGCCAACUUUUGUGAGUGUCGUACGAGGCGCGGCCGCCUUUAUAUUUCCAGCCCUUGAAAAAUUAUUUGUCCGUUUGCAAAUUCCAAAUCCAAUCGAAAUUUGCAUGAAAAAUUUGGUCCGCCAAACCGUCGAGUUUCGAGAAAAGAAUAACUUUUCCCGCAAGGAUAUGAUGCAGAUGCUGAUCGAACUUCGAAACACUGGUAAAAUUAAUUUAGACGAAGAAAUUUGGCAAGGUCAAUCCACAGCAGAAAAUUUAAAAUCAAUGUCAAUUGAUUGCAUUGCUGGCCAAGCCUUCUUAUUUUACAUUGCUGGUUACGAUACAACUGCUUCAACAGCGGCUUUUACAAUUUUCGAAUUGGCCAAAUAUCCUGAGAUAUAUGCCAAGGUUAAAAAGGAUAUCCAACAAGCUGUGGAAAAGCAUGAUGGGAAGAUCACUUAUGAAAGUAUUCAAGAAAUGAAGUAUCUUGAUUUGUGUGUUAUGGAAACGGUUAGAAAAUAUACUAUUUUGCCAAUUCUUAAUCGUCAAUGCACAAUCGAUUUCCCAAUUCCUGGCUCAGAUAAAAUAAUUGAAAAAGGCACCCCAAUUGUUAUUUCACUUUUUGGAAUUCACCGAGAUCCCGAAUAUUUUCCAGAUCCUUUAAAAUAUGAUCCAGAAAGAUUUGUAGAGGAGACCAAAAAUUACAAUCCAAUUGCUUAUAUGCCAUUUGGUGAAGGACCUCGUCAUUGCAUUGCUCAACGAAUGGGAAUAGUUAAUGUUAAAGUUGCCUUAGCAAAGGUUCUAAUGAACUAUGAUAUUGAAGCUGUCCAGGAGGGAGAAAUUGAAAUUGAUAAUUUUUCCGUAACUAUUUCAGCGAAAGGUGGAGUUAAUGUUAAAUUGAGAAAACGAACAAAUGUUGUUUCAUCUUUUUUUUCUAUUUCAUUUUGUAAAAUGUUUCUCUUAUUACUAAUCGGUGUAUUAACUUUACUUGGUUUCCUAACAAGACGAAUUUACACUUAUUGGCAACGAAAAGGAUUUCCCUACUACAAUACAAAUAUUCCUUUCGGUUGUUUAAAUUCCGUUCGAAAAGGAAAAUGUUCAUUUGGAAUGGCAAUUUACAACGUUUACAAUGCUACUUCAGAAAAAGUUAUUGGAAUUUACUUAAUGUUUCGUCCAGCUUUAUUAAUUCGUGAUGCAGAAAUAGCUCUUGAUAUUUUAGUGCAAAAUUUCAAUAGUUUUCAUGAUCGAGGAGUUUAUUGUGAUGAAGUAAAUGAUCCAUUUUCGGCAAAUUUAUUUUCAUUGGAAGGACAAAAAUGGAAGACAUUACGUGGAAAAAUGGCACCAUUUUUUACACCAGGAAAGUUGAAAGCAAUGUUUCCAGCAUUUGAAAAUGUUGCAAAUAGAAUGUUGGAACAUUUGGAUGAAGAAAAUAAUGACAGUGACCAAGUUGUGGAAUUGAAGAGUUUAUUUUCAAGAUAUGUAACAGACAUUAUUGGAUGUGUUAUUUUUGGAUUGGAUAUUGACAGUUUCAAGGAACCCAAAAGUGAAUUUCAAAAAAUUACAGAAUAUUUCCGAAACCCUACAUUUCUUACUGCCAUCAGAAACGCCGCUGUUAUGCUGUGUCCGAAGCUCGAGAAAAUAUUUUUUUACUUGGGAAUCAAACAUGACUACGUUAAUUUCGUGACAGAAAUUGUCCGUCAAACUGUUGAAUAUCGAGAAAAGAACAAUGUAAUUAGACGGGAUAUGAUGCAAAUGUUGAUACAACUUCGAAAUACUGGCGAAAUUAUCAGCGACGAUGAAAAUAACUCUUCCUGGGAUAUCAAUUCUUCAAGCAGCAAAUCCAAAUCAAUGUCUAUUGAAAGUAUUGCCAGUCAAGCUUUUCUCUUUUACAUUGCUGGUUAUGAAACAUCUGCUACCGCAGCGGCUUAUACUAUUUUUGAACUUGCUAAAAAUCCAAUGGUUUUGGAAAAACUCCAAAUGGACAUUGAGGAGAAUUUAGAAGAUGGAAAAUUAACUUAUGAAAGCAUUCAGAAUAUGAAAUAUUUGGAUUUAUGUUUUAUGGGUAAGUCUGAACAUUUUUUGUCAGCAAAUUGUUUCAAAAAUAAUUUCAUUUUAGAAACUUUAAGAAAAUAUCCUAUUCUUCCACUUUUAAAUCGACAAUGUACCCGAGACUAUCGAAUUGCUGAUGGAACAAACAAAAUUAUCGAAAAAGGAACCCCAAUUCUAUUCUCUCUCCUGGGAUUGCAUCGGGAUCCAAAGUAUUUUCCUAAUCCGUUGAACUAUGAACCAGAAAGAUUUCUCGAGUCAAAUAAAAACUACGAUCCAAAGGCUUAUAUGCCUUUUGGAGAAGGUCCAAGACAUUGUAUUGCUCAACAAAUGGGAAAGCUCAACGUUAAAGUAGCCGUGAUAACAAUUUUACGCAAUUACAAUCUAGAACCAGUUGAAAUGGGUGAAAUUGAAUUUGAUGCUUUGACUGUUCCACUAAUGCCAAAGGAUGGUAUAAAUGUUAAACUGUCUAAGAAAACUACUUAA